UCUCUAAAAAAAACCCUCCAUUUAUUUGGCACUAAAAAACUGCGAAAUCAAAAACCAUUUUCCCUCUCUACUAUUCACAUCCUCAUCUCACUCUCAAGCCCUUCUCAAAAUCCGAGCAGAGUUGGGAGAAGAUUGGUAAGCCCUAACCCUUCUCUCUCAAGCCCUCUCUUAAAUCAGCCCUCUCUCUCUUGAGCUACUGAGGACAACCUCUUCUUGGACCCACAACAAAAACUAAAGGCUGGGAUUGAAGGAGUUAGCAGCCAGCUAGCUCAUUGGAUUGACAGAUUUUGAAAAGGGAUGGGAUGGGAUGGGGAAGGCUUUCAUCAUCUUUCAUGGAGAUCUAAUUUGAUAUGGUGCUUAUUUCCCGGGUUUUUAUUUGAACUUUGCGGAUAUGGGGCAGAAAAAGGGGGACGAUCAGCCUUCUGCAACUACUAAGGGGAGAGGCAAAGAUUCCAAAGAUCACCCAAAAAAAGAGCGGAUUUCUGUAUCUGCCAUGCUUGCUAGCAUGGACCAGAGGUCUGAAAAACCCAAAUCCUCUUCGUCUUCUCAAUCGAAGUCGAAACCAAAUCCCAAGGCUUCAAGCUCUUCUUACAUUGAUGGCCUGGACCUUCCACCUUCAGAUGACGAAGAAGACAUUGAAGAACAAGAAAACCUAGACACUGCAAGAGAGAAAAGGAAACAAGUUCAAUUGAGCCGGUCGGGCACCCAAACCCUAGAUUUGUCGAUCUCAGAUAAGGAGUUAAAGAAGAGAGAGAGGAAGGAACAGGAAUUAACUCAUAUUGCAGAGAUUGUGAAGGAGUCUCUCGCUGAUGAUUGGGAUGCGUUCUCAGUGGUGAUUGGAACUACGGUUUCUGAAUCAGAAGCAGAUGCCAAUGUUAAGGAUAUAACCGUUGAGAAUUUCUCUGUAUCAGCUAGAGGAAAGGAGCUCUUAAAGAACGCUUCUUUGAGGAUCUCUCAUGGCAAAAGAUAUGGGCUUGUUGGUCCAAAUGGUAAGGGAAAGUCCACUCUUUUGAAGUUAUUGGUAUGGAGGAAAAUCCCUGUUCCCAUGAACAUCGAUGUUCCUGUUGAGCAAGAGGUUGUGGCCGAUGAUACACCUGCUCUUGAUGCUGUGGUCUCUGCUAAGGAAGAGCUUGUUAGCCUUCGAACUGGGGCCUCAAAGCUUCAGAUGAAUUCAGAAGUAGAUGAUGUAUCAGGGGAAAAGCUCGCCGAGAUAUACGAGAAGUUACAGAUAAUGGGGAGUGACUCGGCUGAAGCCCAAGCUUCGAAAAUUCUUGCUGGUUUAGGGUUUUCAAAAGAGAUGCAAGCUCGUCCCACUAAACGGUUUAGUGGGGGUUUGAGAAUGAGGGUUUCAUUAGCUAGGGCACUUUUCUUGCAACCCACUCUCUUGCUAUUGGAUGAACCCACAAGCGAUCUCGAUCUUAGAGCUGUUUUCUGGUUAGAGGAGUACCUUUGUAGGUGGAAGAAAACACUAGUUGUGGUCUCGCAUGAUCGUGAUUUUUUGAACACAGUUUGUACUGAUAUUAUCCAUCUUCAUGAUGAGAAACUCCACUUCUAUAGAGGGAAUUUUGAUGAUUUUGAAACUGGGUAUGAGCAAAAGCGCAAAGAAAGCAACAAAAAGUAUGAGAUUUAUGAGAAGCAAGUCAAGGCGGCGAAGAGGACGGGGAGUAAAGCUCAGCAAGAUAAGGUUAAGAAUAGGGCAAAAUUUGUGGCGAGCAAGGAGGUGAUAAAGGCAAAGGGGAAGGGCAAGGCUGAUGAUGAUGAUGGGCCACUGCCUGAGGCUCCAAAGAAAUGGAGGGAUUAUAGAGUGGAGUUCCAUUUCCCUGAGCCAACUGAACUAACCCCGCCUCUAUUGCAGUUCAUUGAGAUUAGUUUUAGCUAUCCAAACAGGGAAGAUUACAGGCUUUCUAAUGUUGAUGUGGGUAUUGAUAUGGGCACAAGGGUUGCAAUUGUGAGACCAAAUGGGGCAGGGAAGUCCACUUUGCUCAAUUUAAUUGCUGGAGAUUUGCAGCCGGCUGAGGGAGAGGUUAGGAGGAGCCAAAAACUUAGAAUUGGAAGGUAUUCUCAACAUUUUGUCGAUCUACUGACCAUGGAAGAAACGCCAGUCCAAUACCUUCUCAGGCUUCACCCUGAACAGGAAGGGCUCAGCAAACAAGAGGCUAUGUGUGCAAAGCUGGGGAAAUUCGGUCUCCCAAGUCAUAACCAUCUUACCCCAAUUGCAAAACUAUCAGGUUGUCAGAAAGCAAGAGUGGUUUUCACAUCAAUAUCAAUGGCAAGGCCCCACAUUUUGUCGUUGGAUGAACCCACGAAUCAUUUAGAUAUGCAGAGCAUCGAUGCAUUAGCCGAAGCACUAGAAGAGUUUACUGGUGGGGUGGUCUUGGUUAGUCAUGAUUCGAGGCUUAUUUCUCGGGUUUGUGAGGAUGAAGAGAAAACUGAGAUAUGGGUGGUUGAGAAUGGGACUGUUAGAAAGUUCCCCCGAUCAUUUGAGGAGUACAAGGAUGAAUUGGUGAGAGAGAUCAAUGCUGAGGUUGAUGAUUAAUGCAGUUUUUGGUCAUAUUAAUAUUUGAUUUUCCAUUACACAAUAAUAGGUUAGUUACCAUUGAACUGCUUUCAUUUGAUAUGCGUGAUGUAAAGUUUAUAAGUUAAGCUUGAUUUGUACUCACAACUUUAUUAUUUACAAUUUAAGGUUUGUCAGUUUGUAAGUUAAA